CCUCGUUCUGGCUGCCGCCGCCGCGCUGAGGCGGAGUAGGAUGAGGCCCGCGGCUCCGGCUCCGGCGUCGGCGGGGGCAGCAGCAGCUGAGGCAGCAGCUGAGGCAGCCGUGACGGCCGCGCCCCCACCUCCUGACCUGGAUUAGGCCCAGCAGCUCCGUGGCCGCCGCCGCCCCGCGGGGGGGCGGGGUGGGGAAGUUCUUCGUCUCCCCGCCCCCCCCCCCAGAGCCGCCUCGAAGGAGGCAACAGCCGCGACCCCAGCGGAGCCCGCGGCCCAGCCUUGAGUCCCCACCCCCGGGGGCUGGCAUGAGCGGCCCCUCGGCGGCGCCGGGGGGCGGGGGAGCCGCCGCCUGAGCCCUGGCCUGCCGUCGACCCCACCUCGCCGACGGAGGCUGACCGCGGAGCGUGCGAACGACCCCGUCACUGCUUUCUUCCUCCCCCCCCCAGAUCACACGCCCCAGCCCCGGAAGAUGGGGAACUGCCUCAAAUCCCCCACCUCGGAUGACAUCUCCCUGCUUCACGAGUCUCAGUCCGACCGGGCUAGCUUUGGCGAGGGGACGGAGCCGGAUCAGGAGCCGCCGCCGCCAUAUCAGGAACAAGUUCCAGUUCCAGUUUAUCAUCCAACACCUAGCCAGACUCGGCUAGCAACUCAGCUGACUGAAGAGGAACAAAUUAGGAUAGCUCAGAGAAUAGGCCUUAUACAGCAUCUGCCUAAAGGAGUUUAUGACCCUGGAAGAGAUGGAUCAGAAAAAAAGAUCCGGGAGUGUGUGAUCUGUAUGAUGGACUUUGUUUAUGGGGACCCAAUUCGAUUUCUGCCGUGCAUGCACAUCUAUCACCUGGACUGUAUAGAUGACUGGUUGAUGAGAUCCUUCACGUGCCCCUCCUGCAUGGAGCCAGUUGAUGCAGCACUGCUUUCAUCCUAUGAGACUAAUUGAGCCAGGGUCUCUCGUCUGACUUCAAGUGAACCAUCAUUUUUGGUGGUUUUGAUCUUUCGUCACUGAGCCCAAAGAACCAGGGAUUAGGAAUUAAGAUCAUGCACAAAAGUUUCCUAAAAAUUCCUGGAUGGCUGCAGAUGUUGAGGAAAGUAUGUGAUAUUUUAGAAACUUAGGGGGGAAAAAGUAGGAUGGUAUUUUUAUGUAAAGCCUUGACCCAGUGUUUAAAAAUAUAAUUGUAUUUAGAUCUUGUUAUUGCUCCAGUACAUAGGAAUUGUGUAAAGUGUUAAAGCAGCUGUAUAUGUUUAAAUUGUGUGUGUUGAAGAUUAGGAAAAAGAUAGUGGUUAUUUUUCCUAAAUGAAAUAACUUUCUUCUCUCCACCAAAUUCUUUUCUGAAGUUACUGGCAUUUGGGUCAAGGUUUUAUUAAAAGCUACAUUUUAUAACACUGGCACAAAAAAAAAGUAGUUUUAAGCUUGUUUGCACAGUUCUUUUUUUCCAUUGGAAAUGGAAUUCAUUGCCUUAGGUCUUUUUAAAUAGUGUAUUAUCGUUGGGGCUGGCUCUAUGCUUGAAAACCAGUUUAUUUAUAACCUGUUGUAAGUGCUAUAUUCUGUUUGCAGUUAGGAAAUGCAGAAUUUUAAGUGAUCUCCUAGCUUGUAAGCAAACUGAGAUGCACUAUCCCUUUUCUAUAAAAAUUGAGUUAAAUGUGUCAAUAAAUCAACUCAGCAGAGUGGGUUUAAUAUUACCCUUUCCUAUGGGUUUUAUCUAAUUCUUUUGGUUGUUAAUGUGAUAAAUGAAAGUCAAGGUAAAUUUUAAAUAUUAAGAUUUCUGAUUUAUUGAGCUUGAAUUAUGCCACCAUGCUUAUGUAAAAAUGAAGGUGGCACCCCGGUGAAACUUAAUGAGAAGUAGUUUCUCAGUUGUAAUAAUUUUUAUUUCUCUUUCUUGUAAUCUCCUUCCCUUUUGUCUUGAACCAUAGCAAAAGGAUACUGCAUCUCUCAUUACUGUAGUGAUGAGGUAAUUGAAAUUAUAUAAAUACAUCUCAGUCUCUAUUUCUUGGAAAGGUAUCUGUUAAGUCCUGCUAGGUGAUAAGACUAAGUAGGGAGAAUAAAGGUAAAUGUGCUUCAUGUUUUGCACACAAAUGCAGAAUUUGUAUAACCACAUGACUUCAUAGUUGUGAUUUCAAAAAAGGAAUUUCUCCUUUAAUUUUUCUUGCAGUUAAUGUAAGAAUACUCUAAAUCUCUAAGCUUCUGAAGUGUUAGAGGUAGAGAUGGUCUAGUAAAGAUGUAAUAGUAAUGUUUAUCCAUUUAGCAUGUGUUUAUUUUUCCUUAUGUACUCAAGGUGAUUUAUCUGUUCAGCUCAGUGAUAUUACAGCUAAAAAACAUUCAUUAGCAAAAGGAGAAGCAGUCUCCACCUAACAAAGGAAUCAGAAAUGUUUCUUGUUUUUAUUGAGUUGAAUGUUUGACUCUUAACACUUUUCUACAUACAAAAGUUCCUUAAAGAUUCUUCAUAAUUGUAUUAUAGAAGAAUUUAGUAUGUCAUAAGUACUUAAUUUGACAUUCAACUGUAGUAGCCAUAUGUUGUUUAAUUUCCUUAUGAGCACCAUGAUGGAAACACUCAAAUGAAUUUGAGAAAAAUUGAAAGAAAUUAGAUUAUUGGGUUUUGUUACAAUGUUAAUGUAUCUUGCUUAAAUUUCUGUUUGUUAAUUUAUAUUCAUCCAAUUAUAUAAAGCAAAUUUGGAGGAAACAGCUGAAGUGUGCAAUAUUUUCAGUGAUAAUUACUUUUUAUUGUGUUUUCUACUUAAUCAUGAUGUCUGUUAUCUAGUCAAAACUUUUUUUCUAGAUUGUCAAAAUUGCUAAAUGAAUUUUUUUUUUAAAUCAGUUUCCAUAUUGAAGUUAGUCUUUCUUUAUAAAGCUUCUUUCACAGAUGUUAUUGAAAGAACCAGUAUUGAACAGAAUGAUUUUGGGGGCACCUUGUAUUCUUUGACUUUGUUCUCCACAUACCAUGUUACGAUCCAUCAAUUUUGGCUCUUUCUGAGUUGUUAAAUAAAGUUUGAUACAGCUGUGAAGGGC